AUGAAUUGUGACAAUCUUAUGUUGCUUGUCACCGCAACAUUCAGCAUUCUCGCCAGUCUUGACUUGGCUCUUGCGAAAGACUAUUACAAGAUUUUAGGUGUACCAAGAGAUGCUAGUGACAGACAGAUCAAGAAAGCUUUCAGAAAGCUUGCCGUGAAAUACCAUCCUGAUAAAAAUAAGCAAAAAGAUGCAGAGGCCAAAUUUCGCGAGAUAGCGGAAGGUAGGUAACACCUCUCGGAAAUUGGAAGUGUUUUCAAUUUCGUUUAGGAUUGUCAAAUAUAAUUUGAAACAAACAUAAGAUGUAUUCCUCUAUAAUACGAGGCCGUUACUUUAUCUUGAGAAUUAGUUUUUCCUCAGUAAAACCCAAGACUUCUCAUUCUCGAUACACGUCGAUACCUCAAACGUUCCAACAUAAAUUAUACGUGUAUUAGAGAAAACAGCAUGGGACCAGUUCCUUCUGUUAAAGUUUGGUUGUCAUUUUCAAGAAUUGAGUACCUUUUCAUACACAUUUAUUGUUUUUGCUUUAUAUUUAAGCUUAUGUUUGUUGGACAUAAACUCGUUUCCUGUAAUUCACUGAAAGGUUUGAAUAGAUUUUCUGCGUAGAAGAUGUCCAAUUGUUGUCAGGCUUUCAAUUGUUUUUAUUACAAGGUGUACUUGGAUUGCAUAACAAUAUCUUUGGAAAUAAUUUGCUUUUCACUUUGGAUUUGAAAUCCAAGCUUGUGACACUUGAAUCACGAAUGUUCAACUGGAGGUGUUUUCUGCUUCAAUUUAAUAAGUCAUGUGAUUUAACGCUUUUAAUAGCAAAGUGAUGACUCAUUGAAGUGAUCAGUUUUUCCGAAGAUUAAAGUACAAAUAAGCUUACAUACUUGUACCUAGCAACAGCUCACUUUACAUUACGAUAUACAAAUUUUGCAUGUGUCUAGAAGUGCUGCUUCUCAAGUAAACUGCAAGUGUGAAUUAAGACUAUUUUUUAACCAAUGACAAUUAAAAAGGGAAAACUGAAAAUGAACUUGCACUGACCACACGUACAUUGAUUGAUAGGCUGCCUUGGCCCUCUGCCCCUACUCUGAAUUCUUGGGAAUGUUAGAUCAAUUUUACCUCCAUGAUUCACUUUCUGGCUUACACAUAACUGAGCUGAGCUUAGAGGCACUUACUUAAGAAAUGUACAGUCACGCGGAGCGUAGGGGUUUGGGGCAAAGUGUACAAAAUUAAAAUUUGCAACUGUGUAGUGCUUGUAUGUUAACUGUGCACAUUCAAGGAAAAAUUCCACUACGCACAAAUGGACAUUAUUUUGGUCCUAAUUUUUCAGUUCGUUAGAAGAUUUCCCUGGCCCUUGACAAUUUUUUUUGACGUCAAAAUAAUUUAUGCUGUUUUCAAAGCACUUAUAUUUGUUACUCUAGUAAUCUUUCAAAUGAUGAAUAAUUAUUACACAUCAGAGAACAUAGUAGUGUCUGUAAAUGCAGUUUAGUGACAGUAUACAGUAAUAGACCAGUAUUUUAAUUUGGUGAAAAAUAUUGCAACCCAGCAGUGCCCCUUUUGCUUAUAUGCUGGAGUGUACAGUGUACAGUGUACUGCUUGCUUGGACAGUUUCUUCAAUAAUAAAUGGAUAUUACAGUUAGUUUAUACAGACACUUUGGUAAAUGUGUCAGUUUGUAGGGGAGAGAUAUUAAAUUUUUCAUCUGAGUUGAUUAUGUUGAAUUGGCUACUGUAUAGAGACUCAGAAGCUGUUGUUCUGCCCUCAAAACAAAUCAAACAUGUGGGGUGUGUGUAGCAAAGAGGAGGAGAGCUUUAGACUUGAUUAUAAGCUACUGAUUAACUUUUGUCUGUCUAUUUGAGGGGGCAGAACUUUAUUUGAAGAAAAAGAGUGGCUCAGCGGGUGAUUAAACACAGCUGGUCAUAUAAUAAUCCCUCUCUUUAAAGCAUAAUAAUAAUCCUUGCCAAACCUUUUACAAAACUAGCGGUAAACCUUUUACUGGACUACCUUAAAAUGCUGUCCAUUAGAUGCCUACGUGGGGAAUUUUACCCACUUGAAAGCAUGGACAAAUAAUAAUUUUAAAUGGCCAAAAUUCAAAGUUAAAAUAUAAUCUUAAAUAAAAGAAAUAUGCUGAAAAAUUACUGUUGAAAUGUGAAAGCAGUUCGUUCAAGUGAUUGGUUACCAUGUGAGUUCAACAAAAAGCUCAAACAUUAAAUUGACAAUAAUAAAAAAUUAAAAAUAAUAAAAGUGUAGACAGAGUGAUCUGAAAGUAAUAGUGUGUGUAAGAAGUUUCAGUGGAUGCAUGAUAGAAUGUUGUGCAUGGACAUAGCCUGACAUGGAGAUUUCAGGUGACGUUAAAGAGACAAUUCGCAAUGACGAUUUUUAGCUCAACAAAGCAUUGCGACAUUGUUUCAAAUAGUUCCAACAUUGCCACACUGCUGUGCACUAAAAAUUGUUGUUGUGAAUCAUCUGGUGUACAUCUUUAAGGUGUGUUUACCAGUCAGGGUCAAAUACCCCCCCUUCCCCAAGCCUGUGCUGUAGCACAAAUUAUGCAUUGCCGGUGUUCCCCGGUGCAUAAUCUUUGCUCCUGUAACAGUGUGACUAGAAAAUCCAGAAAAUCAAUUUUUUUAGAGCAUAACCUUGUUCCAGAAAGAACUGAUAACACUUCAUUCAACUCUAAUGAAAGCACUCUUCAACUCUUUCAGCGUAUGAAGUUCUGUCAGAUGAAAAAAAGAGAAGGCAAUAUGAUCAGUUUGGAUCAGAAGGAAUGAACGAUAAUGGCUUCAAUUUCCAUUCACAAGGUUUCCGAAGCUUCGAUGAUAUAUUCAAAGAUUUUGACUUUGGAAGUGGACAUGGACAUGGAAAAGAAUGGAAGUUUUCUUUUGGUGGUGGCGGAGGUGGAUUUGAUGAUUUCUUUGAUGACGAUGAUGAAGAAGAAGAUGAUGACUUUUUUGGAGGAUUUAAAUUUGGUGGAUUUGGGGACUCAUUUUUCAGUGACGGAAGUUUUCACACAACUAGUCAUAGAGAAGAUGUAUUUACAAAUGACGAUGGAGAAAGAAUGCACAGAAAUGUCAGACAUACAGCAUUUAGAGAAUCAAGUAAGUGCGCCCCUAAGAGUAUGGUUAUUUCAACCUUAUCGUGAUAAAAUUCUGGAUUAUUCUGGAAUAGCCUUGUUCAAAAGAAACAUUUUAUUCUGUUUUCAAAACAACAAUCCAUAUAAUUUUGUUUAGUAUGAAGUGAGUGAUGUUGAGAGUCUUGGGACACUAAAAUGGAGUUAAACGUUACUCCCCCUCCCAACCCAAGCUGUGUUGACUUUUGUGCACUCUGUAUACUUAACCCAGGCCUGAUAACAUUACUUUGAGCAGGGUAGGGGGGGAAGAAAGGGGGUGGACAGGGGGAAGGGUCACAGAUGACACCUGAAUUCCAUCGCACAACAGAGGUGGUUCUUUUAAGUCUAGAUUUUCAUGUACGAAGUGUUUUUUAUCGUUGAAGGAAGGUCUGCAAUAUUUGUGUCAGGGAUAUUCAGCCUCCUUUGUAGUCAUCUAGGGUGAUUGUAUACCGAAUUCACAGUAUGCACGAAAUGAAUGAUUUUACCUUGUACCUUCACUCCCCUUCAUGUAGAAAACUGCUCCUUACUCUCAUUCUUUCUAUGGCAUUUAGAGUAAGAGAUAUUGAAACCUGCUCCCCCCAGUGACAGGCAGUGAUGGUCAAUGGGUGAGAGGGAAUCUGUUGAAAGUGCUCCCUAGUUUUUGAGUUUUAUAGCUGGUUACUUUGCACUGAGCAUCCUCUGUUUCUCUCUUCGCAGGUGGAGGCAGAACAUGUCGGACUGUUACAAGAAAAGUGGGAAAUAUGGUCACAACAUUCACUGAAUGUACUUAGGCUUUUUGUAGUUAUAAGGGGUCAAGAGGGCAGUAGCUUCCAUUUAGUCAGUGUAGUUCUCAGGUUUGGUGCAAUCAAGUUCUCCCUAAGGGCAGUGUCAAAUGUCAAACUUUUCUUGGGACAAACCUAAUGGUAAUACCAAGAACAUACUAAACAAAUUAAUCGGCUAUAACUUUUGAAAUGAUGUCAAAAUGUUCAAAACUCAGUGAAAGAGCAAGUAGUGCAUCCAAACAUAAUUUCUGAGACCCAUGAAUUUCCAAAUUCUGUUUUCCCCCUGAGAAUGGUUUGUCAGGCAGAAGAGAAGAGUUUGAUAGGAUCUUACAUGUACAUGUAUCUACAGUGUAGGAGGGUCAUUAGGAGCAACCGGUACAUGUAGAUGGAAUAGUAUGCAAUGGACACUGCUGGCAGUUAAAUGUGACUAACUUUUAGACUUAGAUAUAUUUUUGUAGGGUGAAAAACAUGUCACAGAUUUCAACUAAGGAUGCAUUUCUUUGAAAAAUUCCAAAUUCGGUUUUUCAAUUUUUUUUUCUUUUUUGCCGAAAUUGGGAAAUGGAUUAUUGAACUAAAGAUUGCACAUUCUGACUUGCAUUUUAUAAACAUUUAUUUAGGAUUUAUGAACAAAGCAUUUUAUGUGGUUUGAGUGUGGAUGCAAAAAACUACACAAGUUUGCAAAAACUCUGCUAAGAAGGCCUGUGGCAUUUCUGCAGGUAGAGGAAAUUAACGUUAAGUUAUGUUAAUUUCCAAUACCUUAAUUUCAUUGAGCUUCAAUUUUCUAUAAUAAGGUGCAUUAUUGCCAUGGUAAAAAAAAAUCCAUUUUUGGAUUGUCAGCUUGGUAAAUUCAACUUUACUGUAUCAGAGAAUAAUAUGUGAUAUUAAACUUGCCCAAGGAAAUUCACUGUGUUAUAAAAGGUGGUUAGGGAGUGUUGAUUGGAGCAUAAAUGAAUUAUUAAAA